UGGAGGAAAAGGAAAUGGAGGAGGAUUGGGAAGUGACCACAGAGAAGGAGCAGGAGGAAGAGGACCUGGUCACAGAGGAGGAGGAUGCGGCCAUGCAGAGGGAAGAAGAAAAGGUGGAAGAGGAGGUAGAGGACCUGACUAUAGACUAGGAAGACACAGGAAUGGAGGAGGACGAGGAUGUGCCGAUGCAGGAGGAAGAAGAAGAGAAGGAGGUUGACCUGGCAAUGGAGGAGUAGGAGCAAGAAGACCUGGCCAGAGAGGAAGAUGAGAAGGAGGAGAACCUGGCCAUGGAGAAGGAGCAGGAGGAAGAGGACCUGGCCAGAGGAGGAUGAGGAAGAAAAGGAGGUGGAGAACCUGGCCACAGAAAAGGAGAGGGAGGACCUGGCCAGAGAGGAGGAAGUGGAGGAGGGGGAGGACCUGGCCAUGAGAAUGGAGCACGUGGUCAUGGAGAAGAAGGCAGAAGAGGACGACUUGGAAGAGGAGGAUGACGAGGAGGGCAAAGCCAAGUCCUCCUCCAUCUCCAUGACCAGUUCCCCCUUGGCCAGAUGCAUAAUCCAUUCCCACUGCCAGACUCUUGCCCGUGGUGACAAUGAAGUAGCAGGAGAACCCCCGGGCUGCACAGCUGAGUGUCACGGGGAUGUCUCUGGGAGCCAUUGACAGAGUGUUCUGUUGGGGCCAUUUUCCUUCUCUGACGCAGGGGUUCUCUGUUCCCAGAAUGUCAGCCAGGGAGGCCACCCUGCAGAAUAUGGCCCAGCAGUUUGGUGAUGGGAUGCAGGAGUCACCACGUAGAUGUGCAGCAGCCAUAGCACCUGCAUUGACCAGGGAUCAAAACCUGCAGCCCUCACAGCCCAGGCUGCCCCCACGGAUGGCAAUGGGAGUAUAGCCUGGGUAACUAGCUGCAGGGCCAGGGCAUAUAACCCAUAUAG